AUGUUUCAGAUUUUCAUAGAACAACACAAUGUUAUAGCGAUCCGUAAACCUAUCCGGAAAACGUCGCUGUUCAAGUUCAUGACAGUAUUACGCACUGAGGUGUGGCUGAGUAUUGUCGCCGCGCUGAUACUCACCGGGUUCAUGAUCUGGUUCCUGGACAAAUAUUCACCAUACUCAGCACGGAACAAUCCUGACGCGUAUCCGUAUCCGUGCAGAGAAUUCACGCUCAAAGAAAGUUUUUGGUUCGCGUUGACUUCGUUCACUCCUCAAGGCGGCGGCGAAGCGCCCAAGGCGUUGUCCGGGAGGACGCUGGUGGCAGCAUACUGGUUGUUUGUGGUACUCAUGCUGGCCACGUUCACCGCCAACCUGGCCGCAUUCCUCACAGUAGAGAGGAUGCAGACACCGGUUUCAUCGCUGGAACAGCUGGCCCGACAGUCAAGAAUCAAUUAUACAGUGGUAGAGGGGUCUACUAUACAUCAAUAUUUCAUCAAUAUGAAGUUCGCUGAAGAUACUUUAUACAGAGUUUGGAAGGAGAUAACUCUGAAUGCUACAUCUGAUCAAGCUCAAUAUAGAGUAUGGGAUUAUCCAAUAAGGGAGCAGUAUGGACACAUACUUCUAGCUAUUAACGCAUCAGGUAUUAUAUCCACAGCGGUCUUACGUCCUCUGUACCUUGUAACGAAGAGCCCAAGAAAAAUACUAACAAUAUACCCUAUAAUUGUGGUUACUGGUCCUGUUCCGGACGCUAAAACUGGUUUCGACCAAGUAAACGAACACACCGACGCCGAUUUUGCGUUCAUACAUGAUUCAGCAGAGAUAAAAUACGAAGUGACACGCAACUGCAAUUUGACCGAAGUCGGGGAGGUGUUCGCGGAGCAGCCCUACGCUGUGGCGAUACAGCAGGGCUCCAGGUUGCAGGAGCACUUAUCCAGGGCACUGCUGGACUUGCAGAAAGAGAGAUUUCUAGAACAGCUGGCUUCUAAAUAUUGGAAUGAAUCAGCGAGACAAGCGUGCCCAGAUGCAGAUGAAUCAGAGGGCAUCACUUUGGAAAGCUUAGGUGGUGUCUUCAUAGCAACUCUGUUCGGUCUAGGCCUAGCAAUGCUUACUUUAGCUUGGGAGGUUUUCUACUACAAACGCAAAGAAAAGAACAAAGUUCAAGCAUUUGAUGCCAAAAUAGAGAAAGCAGAUGACUCAACGAAGAACACAGAGAAGAAAACCGGUUUACGAAUAAGGAAGAAAAGCAAGAAACUCGGCAAACUCACCAAAGUCGUCAAAUUCGAUGACGAUGAGAGGGGGAAAUUGGCAAAAGGUGUCACUAUUGGGGAUAAUUUUAAGCCUUCUUCUGACAAAGCGGGCGUAUCUUAUAUUAGUGUUUAUCCGAAGAGUAAAUUUAGACCUUAA